AUGCGUCGCCUGGUGCCCACGCGGCGUGUACUGCUGGCGACGUUGCCGCGGCAGCAUGAGCAGCAGCGGCGAUGGGAGUCCGGCAGGGGCAAGGCAGUCAACGGCGGAGGCGCAGCAGCGUCUGCGUCAGCACCGAGGCGGAGGAAAAUGUCCCCCGCGGCGGCGGAGCUGUCGCGGAGUGAAGACGUCGCCGAGCGCGAAGAGCGACUUGACGUUGAGCGGCACUUUCCCGCAGCCAUGUCGCAUCUAAAGUCCCCCCUGGUGAGCUCGCACGUGGCUGAGGAGGGAAUGAAGCGGAAGUGGAGGGAGGCCACACGUGUCGUGAACGCCGACGGCUAUGCGCCUCCCAGGGAGAACACGGAUGCUGCCGCCUCCUUCUUCAACGAGGGCAGUCUGGACAUUCGCGGAAAGCUACGAAAGCGAGGCGCCUGUGAGAGCGCCCCAUCACGAAAAGACUCCGCUUCACCGGACGUGCUUCAGCUCUCCGCAGGCAACACGCGGCGCCACGGCCUUGCGCUCGCGGGGGAGAGUAACGCCUCUCCCGCCGACCCCACCAUUGAGCCGGAGGGCGAGGAGGGUCAGGGCCCUUACGGCGACACCCCCGUGCAGCUCACCGACAUGCUGAAAGAGCGGCUGAUGGAACUCAAGGCCGAAAAAUUGCGCGAGGAAAGAAACGACACCUACUUGCCGCGGCGCCUGCGGCUGCUGUCUGACCAAGAGUUGCAAAAGCAGCUUGAAGCGAAGACAACGCAAAGGGAGCUUGCAGCGAAAACGAGAUCCGCGGCGUCACAAGGCACCCCGACAACAUUAGCGGAUUUGGCCAACGAAGAUGUUGGGCGGGGUGGUGAGGACGGCGUUGGUCAGCUGACGAUGGUGUCAGCUGCAGCAAGCAACUCUGUGGCCAUGGAGAACAUUUUCCGAAGGUCGGCCGACUUUGUCCCUGGCGAAACCUCACACGACCCGCUCGCCGACUUCGCAAGGAAGUCUCUCCACACAGGCGUGGACCGACCGCGUACUCCGAAUGGCUCCGUGUACCUUCUUCGUUGUCUGCCUCGUGCUGGUUUCUGUAGCCGGCGGGAGGCACUCGCUAUCAUUGCCAGCGGCCAAGUGCGUGUAGAUAAUUUGGUGGAACGCAACCCAUUUCGUCUCGUUCGUGCAGAAAACAAUAUUCAUGUGGAGGCUCAUAGUGGACGCCUCCGCUUCGCGCCGCCGCGUCUCUGGAUGUACCAUAAACCAGCCUAUGUGAUCGUGUCUAGAAACGAUGUGGCAGGCCGCACCCUCAUCACUAAGCACGCCCGUAUACUUGGUGUGGAUCACCUUGUCCCCGUGGGAUCACUUCCAAUGCGGGCGCAUGGAUUGCUGCUUCUCACCAACGACGGUGAACUCUCGCGCCUUUUGGAAAGCCCAAAAACGAUGAUCCAGCAAACAUACCUGCUUCGUGUUCGUCCCGCCAUUGAUCCGGUGCUGGCGCAUAAAUUGAACACGGAGGGCAUCUUGGUGAAUGGGAAAAGGCACAAAAACGUGGAGUUUUUUGUUAAUCCGGCCAUGAAGUCACGGUAUUCUGUGAAGGUAAAGGUAAGGGGCGAGACGAUGCCCAUUUCACACUUAAUGCAGCACCUGGGACGGACGGUGGAGCGCGGUGGCCGCAUUUCUUUUGGGCCAUUCUCAAUGAGCGGCCUUCCUGUUGGCUCCAUCCGCGAGGUAACGAUACCGCCGUACUACAUGCAUCACUCUGGGGCUGUUUGGAAGGAGUUUGUUGAGCGUGACUGGCCUUUUUUUCGUCGACAGCGGGUCUCUCGUUUGCGCCGUUUAAGCCGCUACCGUGAGCUGACUCCAAAGGAGUUGGAGGAGCUAGAUAAUUUCACAUACGAGGAACUUAAAGAUGUCUUGAGUUUUGAAUCGCAAGAGUUGAAGGCGGCGUCGGAAGCACAACAGCAGCGCAUGUCCGUCCGCCCCACGUUGGAUGAGCAGCCGUUACCGAGCGACUUUGGGGGUGACGACGUGGAUGCCGACUGCGCUUCUCCGGAGGAGGGCGAAAUCUUGGAGGACAUUACCGCCGUAGUAUGA